AUGGCACGCCAGACUCUGCUGCCCAUCCUGCUCUUGUGCAUGGUGCUGCCGCAGUCCCAGGAAGGGCCCCGCAGACGCCACAAGCACUCUCCCAAGCCCAAGGACACGAUGGAAGUCCAGACUUGUGAGAAGCGGCCCAGCAUCUACCUGUGCAGCCGCCUCUGUGUGAACCACAAGGAAUGUCAAGCAAAUAACAUCUGCUGUUCAACCUUCUGUGGAAACAUCUGCAUGAGCGUCCUGUGA